AUGGAGAACGAGAUUUUUACUCCCCUCCUGGAGCAGUUCAUGAGCAGCCCUCUGGUCACUUGGGUCAAAACGUUUGGAUCGCUGGCUGCAGGAAACGGGACCAACCUGGAGGAAUAUGUGGCUCUGGUGGAUGGGGUGUUCUUGAACCAGGUCAUGCUCCACAUUAAUCCCAAAUCGGAGAUUCAGAGAGUAAAUAAAAAAGUCAACAAUGAUGCCUCACUUAGAAUUCAUAAUCUAUCCAUUUUGGUGAGACAGAUAAAAUGUUAUUAUCAGGAGACAUUGCAGCAGUUGAUCAUGAUGUCAUUGCCAAAUAUCUUAAUUAUUGGGAAAACCCCCUUUUGUGAACAAGGCACAGAAGAAGUUAAAAAGUUGCUUUUACUUUUACUGGGUUGUGCAGUUCAGUGUCAGAAAAAAGAAGAAUUUAUUGAAAGAAUUCAAGGUUUAGAUUUUGAUACAAAAGCAGCAGUUGCAGCACAUAUUCAAGAGGUUACCCAUAAUCAGGAAAAUGUGUUUGAUUUGCAAUGGAUGGAAGUUACUGAUAUGUCUCAGGAGGAAAUAGAACCACUCUUGAAAAAUAUGGUGUUGCAUCUAAAAAGACUUAUAGAUGAGAGAGAUGAACAUUCAGAGACUAUCAUAGAACUCUCUGAAGAACGGGACGGUCUUCAUUUUCUACCCCAGGCCUCUUCGUCCGCACAGUCACCCUGUGGUUCUCCAGGCAUGAAGCGGACAGAAAGUCGACAACAUCUGUCAGUGGAACUGGCAGAUGCUAAGGCCAAGAUAAGAAGGCUGAGGCAGGAAUUGGAGGAAAAGACUGAACAGUUGCUGGACUGCAAACAAGAACUUGAGCAAAUGGAAAUAGAACUAAAAAGGCUGCAGCAAGAGAACAUGAAUUUGCUUUCGGAUGCUCGCUCUGCAAGAAUGUACCGAGAUGAAUUAGAUGCACUUCGAGAGAAGGCAAUCAGAGUUGAUAAGCUUGAAAGUGAAGUCAGCAGAUAUAAAGAAAGGCUACAUGAUAUUGAGUUUUAUAAAGCAAGAGUUGAGGAAUUAAAAGAAGACAAUCAAGUUUUGCUAGAAACAAAAACCAUGUUGGAAGACCAAUUAGAAGGAACUCGAGCUCGUUCUGAUAAAUUACAUGAAUUAGAAAAAGAGAAUUUACAACUAAAGGCUAAACUGCAUGAUAUGGAAAUGGAACGUGAUAUGGAUAGAAAAAAGAUUGAAGAAUUAAUGGAAGAAAAUAUGACUUUGGAAAUGGCACAGAAACAAAGUAUGGAUGAAUCAUUACAUCUUGGCUGGGAAUUAGAACAAAUAUCCAAAACUAGUGAACUUUCUGAAGCACCACAGAAAUCUUUGGGCCAUGAGGUGAGUGAGUUAACAUCAAGUAGGUUACUGAAGUUGGAGAUGGAAAACCAGAGUUUGACAAAAACUGUAGAAGAGCUUCGAAGUACUAUGGAUUCCGCAGAAGGAAACACUUCCAAAAUCUUGAAAAUUGAAAAAGAAAAUCAGAUAUUAAGUAAAAAGGUUGAAAUUUUUGAAAAUGAGAUUGUUCAAGAAAAGCAAAGUCUUCAGAAUUGUCAGAAUUUAAGCAAGGAUCUAAUGAAGGAGAAGGCUCAGCUUGAAAAAACAAUUGAAACCCUUAGAGAAAAUUCAGAGAAACAGAUUAAAAUAUUGGAGCAGGAAAAUGAACAUCUGAAUCAAACUGUGUCUUCCUUAAGGCAGCGCUCCCAGAUAAGUGCUGAAGCAAGGGUGAAAGACAUUGAAAAAGAAAAUAAAAUUCUCCAUGAAUCUAUCAAAGAAACAAGUAGCAAGUUAAGCAAGAUUGAAUUUGAAAAAAGACAAAUUAGGAAAGAAUUGGAACAUUAUAAAGAAAAAGGAGAACGAGCAGAAGAACUUGAAAAUGAGUUGCAUCAUCUUGAAAAAGAAAAUGAAUUGUUACAGAAAAAAAUAACCAAUUUAAAAAUUACAUGUGAAAAAAUUGAGGCCUUAGAACAAGAAAAUUCAGAGCUAGAAAGAGAAAAUAGGAAAUUAAAAAAAAGAUUGGAUAGCUUUAAAAACCUUACUUUUCAGUUAGAAUCCCUAGAGAAAGAGAAUUCCCAACUUGAUGAGGAAAACUUGGAAUUGCGGAGAAACGUGGAGUCUUUGAAGUGUGCAAGCAUGAAAAUGGCUCAGCUGCAACUAGAAAAUAAAGAACUGGAAAGUGAAAAAGAGCAGCUUAAGAAGGGUUUAGAACUUAUGAAAGCAUCAUUCAAGAAAUCGGAACGCUUAGAAGUUAGCUACCAGGGUUUAGAUACAGAAAAUCAAAGGCUACAGAAGGCUCUAGAGAACAGCAACAAAAAAAUUCAGCAGUUAGAGAGUGAACUACAAGACUUAGAGAUGGAAAAUCAAACAUUGCAAAAAAACCUAGAAGAGUUAAAAAUAUCCAGCAAAAGAUUAGAACAGCUAGAAAAAGAAAAUAAAUCAUUAGAGCAAGAGACUUCUCAAUUAGAGAAGGAUAAGAAACAGCUGGAGAAGGAAAAUAAGAGACUCCGACAACAAGCAGAAAUAAAAGAUACCACAUUAGAAGAAAAUAAUGUGAAAAUUGGAAAUUUGGAGAAAGAAAACAAAACUCUAUUCAAAGAGAUUGGUAUUUAUAAAGAAUCUUGUAUUCGUCUGAAAGAAUUAGAGAAAGAAAAUAAGGAACUUGUCAAAAGAGCAACUAUUGAUAUAAAAACUUUGGUUACAUUACGUGAGGAUUUGGUGAGUGAAAAAUUGAAGACACAACAAAUGAAUAAUGAUCUUGAAAAAUUAACUCAUGAGCUUGAGAAGAUAGGGUUAAAUAAAGAGCGACUCUUACAUGAUGAGCAAAGUACUGAUGACAGUAGGUACAAACUUUUGGAAUCAAAAUUAGAAUCCACUCUAAAGAAGUCCCUUGAAAUAAAAGAGGAAAAAAUUGCUGCUUUAGAAGCUCGAUUAGAAGAAUCCACAAAUUAUAACCAGCAAUUGCGCCAAGAACUUAAAACAGUGAAAAAGAAUUAUGAAGCCCUUAAACAAAGACAAGAUGAGGAACGGAUGGUACAGAGCCCUCCUUCCGCUUCCAGUGAAAAUAACAAAUGGGAGCGAGAAAGUCAAGAAACAACCAGAGAGCUUCUGAAAGUUAAAGACAGAUUGAUUGAAGUAGAAAGAAACAAUGCUACACUACAAGCAGAGAAGCAAGCACUAAAAACUCAACUGAAGCAACUUGAAACACAGAACAAUAAUUUGCAGGCUCAGAUUCUUGCACUUCAGAGGCAGACAGUGUCAUUACAAGAGCAGAAUACUACUCUUCAAACACAGAAUGCCAAACUUCAGGUUGAAAAUUCCACACUUAAUUCCCAAAGUACCUCUCUUAUGAACCAGAAUGCACAACUCCUAAUCCAGCAGUCUUCCUUAGAAAAUGAAAAUGAGUCUGUAAUCAAAGAGCGAGAAGAUCUGAAAUCUCUCUAUGAUUCUCUGAUCAAAGACCAUGAGAAACUGGAACUUCUUCAUGAACGGCAGGCUUCAGAGUAUGAAUCUCUCAUUGCUAAACAUGGAACUCUAAAGUCUGCCCACAAAAAUCUUGAGGUGGAGCAUAAAGACCUCGAAGAUCGUUAUAAUCAGUUACUAAAACAGAAAGGACAAUUGGAAGAUUUGGAAAAAACAUUGAAAGUAGAACAGGAAAAAAUGCUGCUUGAAAACAAAAACCACGAGACUGUAGCUGCAGAAUACAAGAAACUUUGUGGUGAAAAUGAUAGGUUGAAUCAUACAUAUAAUCAGCUUUUAAAAGAAACUGAAGUUUUACAAACUGACCAUAAAAACUUGAAAAGUCUUCUAAAUAAUUCCAAACUGGAACAAACAAGAUUAGAAGCUGAAUUUUCAAAGUUGAAGGAACAAUACCAACAGUUGGACAUUACAUCCACCAAGCUGAAUAAUCAGUGUGAGUUGCUAAGCCAACUUAAAGGAAAUUUAGAAGAAGAAAAUCGGCAUCUACUAGAUCAAAUUCAGACAUUAAUGCUGCAGAACAGAACCCUGUUGGAGCAGAAUAUGGAAAGCAAGGAUCUUUUUCAUGUUGAACAAAGACAGUACAUUGAUAAGUUAAAUGAAUUAAGACGACAAAAGGAGAAAUUAGAAGAGAAAAUUAUGGAUCAAUAUAAAUUUUAUGAGCCAUCUCCUCCUAGAAGGAGAGGCAACUGGAUUACUCUAAAAAUGAGAAAAUUGAUAAAGUCUAAGAAAGAUAUUAAUCGGGAACGUCAGAAAUCUCUAACAUUAACACCUACCCGCUCGGACUCCGGUGAAGGAUUUCUUCAACUCCCCCAUCAAGAUAGUCAAGACAGUUCUUCAGUAGGUUCAAACUCUCUAGAAGAUGGCCAAACUUUGGGGACCAAGAAAAGCAGCACCAUGAAUGACCUGGUGCAGUCCAUGGUCCUAGCAGGAGGACAGUGGACAGGUAGUACUGAGAAUCUGGAGGUUCCGGAUGAUAUUUCAACGGGUAAAAGGAGGAAAGAAUUGGGAGCUAUGGCCUUCUCCACUACAGCAAUCAACUUUUCAACUGUCAACUCUUCUGCAGGCUUCAGAUCCAAGCAGUUGGUUAAUAAUAAAGAUGCUACAUCCUUUGAAGAUAUAAGUCCACACGGUAUUAGUGAUGAUUCUAGUACGGGAUCAAGAGUUCAUGCUUCGAGACCAGCCAGCCUUGAUAGUGGCAGGACAUCCACUAGCAAUAGCAAUAAUAACGCCUCACUCCAUGAAGUUAAAGCAGGUGCAGUUAAUAUCCAGAGCAGACCACAAAGCCAUAGCAGUGGGGAAUUUAGCUUGCUUCAUGAUCAUGAGGCUUGGUCCAGCAGUGGGAGCAGUCCAAUCCAGUACUUGAAAAGACAGACCAGAUCAAGUCCAGCGCUCCAGCACAAAGUGCCUGAAACUGAGAGUCGAGCACAUCACAAGAUCAAAACUGGUUCCCCUGGAAGUGAGGUUGUUACUCUACAACAGUUUUUGGAAGAAAGCAACAAGCUUACCUCAAUACAGAUAAAGUCCUCAAGCCAAGAUAACCUUUUAGAUGAAGUAAUGAAAAGUUUGUCUGUCUCUUCUGACUUCUUGGGAAAAAGCAAGCCUGUUAGCUGUGGCCUGGCCAGGUCAGUAAGUGGAAAAAGCCCAGGAGACUUCUAUGAUAGACGGACAACUAAGCCUGAACCAUUUGUGAGACCUGGCCCUCAGAAGACUGAAGAUACCUACUUUGUUAGUUCUCCAGGAAAACCUACACCAGUCACUCAAGGAAAGAUGAAAUUGGUAAAAGAAUCUUCUUUGUCACGACAAUCAAAAGAUAGUAAUCCUUAUGCCACUUUACCUCGUGCCAGCAGUGUGAUCUCUACUGCGGAAGGGACUACUCGAAGGACAAGCAUCCAUGAUUUUCUGACCAAGGACAGUAGACUGCCUAUGUCAGUUGACUCAUCACCAGCUGUUGCUGAUAGCCACAUCACUGCAGCAUCUAAUGUGGACAAAGUACAAGAAAGCAGAAAUUCAAAAAGCAGGUCUAGGGAGCAACAAAGCUCCUAA